AUGGCGAAUGAACCAGAUAGAGAGGUUGGUCAGCUCAAACAUAGGUGGCAGCGUAUUAAUGACCACGUUUGUAAGUUUGUAGCUUGUUAUGAAACCGCUUUGAAGCAGCAAAGCAGUGGACAAAAUGAGAACGAUGUGAUGAAGGUAGCUCAUCACAUCUUCUACAAUGAUCACAUGUUCAAGAAGGUUGAUGCAACUACAGCUCAUUCUGAAAGCUCACAAACCCAAAGCCUUGAUGUAGAAGAAGGCUUCGAAGGAAGCAAUAAAGAGAAACGGCCACAAGGAGUUAAGGCGGCGAAGGCUGCAAAGAAGAAGGGAGUGGGAUCAUCUUCCAACAAAGAAGGAGAAGUUGAUAUGAAGAAUGCUGGCAUAUGGUUGUCCGGCUGA